AUGCAGCCAAGAAGCUCUAGUGCCAAGUCUGAAGAUGAAGUUGAUCAACGAUUCAUCGAAGCCCUGCGAACUCAAAGUCCGAAAAGCUCGCUGAGGCAGCUCAACAUGGACAUGCUCUUCAAUGGCACGCUGUACGCGCGCGGUGCAGACAUCAACUGGAGCGAAGAUGACCCGGACGUCGGAGUUUUCUCUUACGUCGAUCCUGCAACGCAAGACCUGAUCAUUCAAGAUGUCACACAUGCGCGCAAAGAAAAGACUGGAACAGGCGAAGUCGCCAAAGGCGGCGGAAAGGUGACACUGGUCUCCGGUUCCGAUGUCAAAGAUAAAAAAGGAAACCGCAUACAGUUCGACGAAUACAUCAUCUCUCCCGACAUGCGCUAUGUUCUCUUCUUGAGCGAUCGCGUCAAACAAUGGCGAUAUUCUUCCCACUACAAUGUCUGGCUCUUUGAUGUUGCUGCCAAGAAAGCGGCAGCUAUCAGCGCGGACGGCGUCGGCAAGCUAUCCAUGCCACCGACCAUCUCGAACGUGAAAUUCGCCCCCUCGUCUGCCCCGCGUGGAUCCCCCGCGCGCACGCCCCCUUCCCUGGCAUUCGUGUCUCAAAAUGACAUCUAUUUUCUGCCGUCACCAGACCAUGCUCCCGUACGUAUAACAAACAGCGGGGCCACCGAGAUUUUUAACGGUGUGCCAGACUGGGUAUACGAAGAGGAGGUCUUCAGUAGCGAUUCAGCCAUGUGGUUCUCGCCUGACGGCACCAAGCUAGCCUACCUCUCCUUUGACGAGCGUGACGUCCCCACUUUCGACUUUCCAAUAUACAACCCGAGCCAUUGGUUCCCAGCACAGACGACGCCUUACACUGAAAAGACCAAGAUGAAAUAUCCUAAGCCAGGAUAUCCCAAUCCGGUCGUCAGCGCCCAUGUUGUCGACGUGGGAGACAUCAAGGAGAUCAGCGCAGAGCAAGGUGCACCAUCCUACAAUCAAAUCUCUGCAGCAAAACUCGAGCUGCAUUCACCGGAUCCUCUCGUAUCUGCUUUUGCGAUGGACCUCGAUGUUGACAACGCGCUUGCUGGCAGCCGCGAAAAGCGGUCUGCACGACUCGUUACCGAGGUGGCCUGGAUAGGGAAUAGCGAUUUGCUGCUGCGCGAAAGCAAUCGUGCCAGCGACAGGGCGCGUGUGCUCCAUUUCGAUCUGAACAAAGUCCGAAAUGUCAAUUCCAGCUCAGAGGCGCACCUUGUGGGCGACGUUGUGCGCAGAAUCAGCACAGUCAAGGAGAAUGGGUGGAUAGAGGUUGCGCAAACCAUUCGGCCCUUGGGAAACACCGGGGCAUACCUGGAAGUCAUGCCGACGGCGCAAGGCUACAGGCAAUUAGCGCUCUUUGCAUCUGCAACCUCUGCUGACCCCGUAUUCUUGACUCAAGGAAAGUGGGAAAUCGACGGCAACAUCAAGCACGUUGAUAUCGAGAGGAAACGAGUCUACUUUAUCGCUGCCCAUCCUCUUCCGUCUGAGCGCCAUCUUUUCUAUGUGGCCCUUCCAGACGCGAAGCAACUAUCGACUUACAGGGCCCAGGACCCAAUCCCUCUAACCGACACCUCUACUGGUGGCUGGAACACUGUCUCUUUCGACCCCAAAGGGGCUUACUAUCUUCUCAGCAGUCAGAGUCCGGACGAUCCGCCUGCUCGCCGCGUCAUCGGCGUGGAUGACAGGGCUUUCAACUAUGUGUUGGAAGACAAUCGAGCUCUUCGCCGCAUCUCGGCAGAAUACGUCAUGCCGACAAAACUCUAUUACAACAUCACCACUCCCAGUGGUGCAAACAUUAGUGUGUCAGAGCUGCGGCCGCACGACUUUGACGCUAGCGGUCGGAAUUCCUACCCUGUCCUCGUCAAUGUCUACGGUGGUCCAAACAGUCAGAUGGUCCAGCAAAAGUGGCAGCGCAGUGAUUGGCAUCAAUAUGUCGCUUGCGAGAUGGGGUAUCUCGUUGCUACGAUUGAUGGGAGAGGUACGGGUUUCAAGGGCCGUUUGAACCGUAACCCGGUCACGACGCGCUUGGGGGACGUGGAGUCGCUCGAUGUGACAGAGGCUGCUCAUCAGUUGAGCCGUUUGCCAUACGUCGAUGAACGGCGGAUAGGCAUCUGGGGAUGGUCCUACGGUGGCUACCUCACCUCAAAGGUCAUCGAAAGAGACUCGGGUGUCUUCAAUCUUGGAAUGUCUGUUGCGCCUGUCACUUCCUGGCGCUUCUACGAUUCAAUCUACACGGAGCGAUACAUGAAGCUACCUACGGACAACAUGCAGGGAUACGAAAAGUCAGGGUUGCACGCGACAGAUGGCUUCAAGCACUCGCACUUCCUGAUCGCCCAAGGAUCGGCCGAUGACAAUGUGCACUUUCAAAACUCGGCGCAUCUUCUUGACAUGUUGACCGGGGCCAAGGUGCGCGGCUUCCGUUUCCGCAUGUUUACUGACUCGGACCAUUCGAUCUCAAUGCGAGGCGCCUACCAAGAGCUGCACGAAUAUUUGCUCAGCUUUUUGAGCGAGAAGUGGGGUCCCGGUGGAAAGCGUCGAUUCAGAUUAAAGGACACUUAG